AAUUAUCUUUUCCCCCCUCCAAAAAAAAUGAUAAAAUAAAUUGGAGCAGUUAUUUUCUAUAAGCGGAAGAAACCGCUCCAUACCUCCGGUAGUGUUAAUCACCCUCUAACUCCUCUUCUAUUCACUUUCAACCCUCAUAAUCUCACAUAUAAUCUCACAUAUAUAUCCAUAACUGCUACGGAGCAUAUUGCUUAUUUCAUCAACAGUUUAGUCUCCCCUUCCUAAUAACCUACAGUUACCAUUGUCAAUUAUUAUUGAGGAGUGCUAUUAGGACAAUAUUCGGAGCAAUUGACGAAGAAAGAUCUGGGUUAUUUGGUGAGAGGAUGUCAUCUUCUUAUGCCCCGUUUAUGUAUUUACACCCAUAUUAUCAAAGUUGGAAUGUUAAAGCGAGACUUAUCCGAUCAUAUGAUAUUCAACAUGUAAAGAAUGGUAGAAAAAUAUGGAAGAUGGUUCUUCUAGAUGCGACGGGGGAACCUAUACAAUGUAUUAUGUUUUCAAAAGAUGUUGAUCAUUUUAUCGACAAGUUACAAGAAGGUUUAGUUUAUUGCUUUGAAAAGGUACAAGUUAUUCCAGCUGACAACUGGUUGAGAGUAGUACAAAAUCCGUACCAACUAAACAUAACAAAAGAAACGAAAGUUUUAGUGGUCGAUACAUAUGUGGAGGACUUCCCAACAUAUUACUUCAAUUUGGUGAGCUUACAUGGGGUGCAAUCAUUCAAGCAUGCUGAAGGAAAUGUGAUAGAUGUCAUGGGAGUAGUUAUAUAUGCAAGUGAGAUUGAAUCUGUUGGCCCAACAGGAACUAUUAAGCAAGAUAUAGUCAUACUAGACCAAAGUUACUUUGCUAUGAGAUUGACAAUAUGGAAUCAUUUUGUUGAUGAAAUCGGUGAUCGAGUGAUAAUAGAUAUUUUUCAAAACCUCAUUCUGCUGGCAUGUGGCGUACAAGUUCAAAAUUUUAAUGGAUCAUAUUUGACAACUGGAAAAUAUACAAGACUAUAUAUCAACCAUAAGGAUCCGAUUUCUUCAAGUUUGGCACAAUGGUAUGGACUUGACCAUUUUGCUCAACUUAAAGCGAGGUGGAUACAAACACGCGGUAUUUCUUUGCAUCGGACACUUUUGACAUCAAAUGCAUGUCGAACAACAAUCUCCAAGUUCACAUUAAUGCCAAAGGGCAAAACAUAUAGAGUGCUUGGGGUGUUGGUUGAUAUUGAUGUCAAAAGCUUUGACUGGUAUGAUGCGUGUUCUAUUUGCAAUAACAAGGUCUAUUAUGUUGGUGAUCAAGUAACAUGUUAUAAGUGUAGCAAGAAGCAUAGUGUACAAGUGGUUCAAGGUGUAUCUGUUAAGAUCACUAUCAAAGAUUCAAAUAGGUCGAUGUGUUUGUUGUUGUUCAACAAACAAGUUGAAUUUGUUCUCCAAUCUUCUACAUCCCAACUGAAGGAGUGGCAUGAUCAGGUCAUUCACAAAGAGAUAAUUAAGACGAAGUGGUCCUGUUUAUUUACCUCAUAUGUUUUUAUUUUAACAUCCCCAACAAUAACUUCUGCAUUGUCAUCCUACAAAGUUACCUAUGUGACAUUUGUGAACUGGGAAGAAGAAUGUGCAUAUUUACUUAAAAGGGUGCGUGACAAGACUAAAACUCCAUCGAAGAAACAUCGUAUCAUCAAUGUAGAUCAUUAGAAUUUUAGUGAUUUAUUGAUGCUUUUCUUUAUGAGUUUGUAUAUAUAAGAAAAUAUUAAUUAGAUGAGACUUUCUUAGUUUAGUGAGAAAUAUGUAAGUAUUUUAGUAUUUUUAAUUAUACUUUUCAGUUUUCAUAUUCGGGGUUUUAUUGUAGCUCAAA